CGGGUGAGCCCCUGAUCUACGGAUAGAUUCGCAUUCCCGUCACAUUCUCAGCCUGAAUGCACAGUCUUCUCUCUCUGUCACUGGAACUGCUUACCUCCAAUGCAUUGUCCGGCAGGCAAGCAGCGUCAACAUCAUGAACCCCCAAGUUAUGUCUGGCCGAGCUCGGCUCGAAGGAAACAAUUGCAAAGCCAAACAUGAGAAUGGACAAACUCAAUCGGGAGCCAUGUGUAUACUUGAAGAAGGAAAACGCGAUCUAGAUCUCAUUUAUGAAGAUUCAGCAAUUCUGUUCAAUUGCUUUCCCAUCUAACUUCUAAGCCAAACCACCGAGAAACUGUAAUUUGUCAAAAUGACUGCUACGUUCAAGAUUGUUGUUUUUGGUGGAGAUUACGCCGGGCCAGAGGUCAUGUCUGAGGGGCUCAAGGUCCUUCAUGAAGUCGCCCUCCGCCACCCCGAAAUCAAGUUCAACCUGACGCAUCACCCCAUAGGCGGAGCAUCAUUUGAUCUCCACGGAAAGCCGAUCCUUCCCGAAGCUCUUCAAGAUGCAAAGGAGGCCGAUGCAAUCCUGCUAGGCGCAGUCGGUGGCACUAAAUGGGCAGGACAGGUUCCAUCCGUUGAAGCCGCGAGUCUCGGAACUCUGCGCCGCGAACUAGAUGCAUUCGGCAACCUGCGUCCGAUCACUUUCCCCGCCCCGUCCCUAGUUGACACGUCGCCAAUGAAGGCCGACAUUUGUAGAGGCACCGACAUUCUCAUCGUUCGCGAGCUUACUGGUGGUAUUUAUUUUGGACACCGAGAGCGCGGCGAUCUCAUUGCCAAAGAUACGGACCAGUACACCUAUGAGGAGGUCGCCAGAGCAGCGCGGUUGGCUGGCAACCUGGCUAGGUUAACAACACCGCCUAAGCCCGUCAUCAGCCUUGACAAAGCAAACGUGCUCGCGGCUUGCGGCAGCUUUUGGCGUCGCGUCGUCACCGAAGUCUUGAGCAAAGAGUUCCCCGAUGUCCGUUUCGAGCACCAGCUUGUGGACAGUGCUGCCAUGACUCUGGCCUGCAACCCAACCAAGCUCAACGGCAUCGUGUUGACGAGUAACCUAUUUGGUGACAUCAUUAGUGAUCAAGGAAGCGCCAUUGCUGGCAGCAUUGGUCUUCUCCCCAGCGCUAGUUUGCGAGGUAUCCCACCGCAAUCCGGCAGUAGCAUGAUAAAAGGCUUGUAUGAGCCAGUUCAUGGAUCCGCGCCAGAUAUCGCCGGAAAGCAGUUGGUCAAUCCUGUUGGCAUGAUCCUUUCUGUUGCCAUGAUGUUCCGUUACUCUCUCAACAUGCCCGAAGCGUCUGAUCUGAUCUGCAAGGCUGUUAGCGAUGCGAUUGAGUCUGGUAUUCGGACUUCGGACUUGGGGGGCACGGCGACGACAAGCCAAUUCGGCGAUGCAGUGGUCAAAAUCAUUUCUCAACUUCCUUGAGAGGGGGAAAGGCACAUUAGUUGUAGGCUAAAGGGUAUGGCUAGCACGAACUCCCAGACAUGGAUGCGAGUAUUACAAUCCGGGAUUCAUAGACUAUACAAAGAGGCGAAGGCAUGACAGGGUAGAAAUAUGCUCCCGGGCGGUUACAUUGCACUCUUGAUAUUACCUAAAAUGCACACCAUCUGAAAAGUCUGACACUAGUUGCUCUAUCUUUAAAAGAACGUACGGAUACACUGAGUGCCUUUUGUAUUGUUAGGAGCUAGUUCGAUGAUCGGGUCUUAGAAGAUAAUUCCACGGUUGGUACACAGAGUCGGAGAAAGGUUUCUCUUGGUAGGUCAACAAACACAGAUUGACG